AUGAUUUUACUCUUUUCUAUAUUUGUUAUUAAAGAUAUUGACGACAAUUCCUAUUCAAAUGAUGGGAAAACACUUAAUAGAGUUACAGACAAUUCAAGUGAACUCAGAAUAUCAGCAAAAUGCGAAAUAAUAAAUUCAAAUUGUUUUAACAAUCUACAAAGCUUAGUAUCAUUUUAUUUUCAAGAUAAUCCGAAUUUAACAACAAUAAAAAGCUAUGGUUUCAAAGAAUGCUCAAACUUAAAUUUAAUUAAUUUAUCAAUUUGUACAAAACUUGUUAAGAUUGAAUCAGGCGCAUUUCAAUUCUGCAGACAAGUCAAACAAGUUAUAUUUCCAAGUGGACUUGCAGAAAUUGGUUGGUUUGCUUUUUCAGAUAACAUGAAUAUUACAAGUAUUUUCAUUCCAAAAUCUUUAAAAGUACUUGGAAGUUCUGCUUUUGCCAACUGCGACUCAUUAAGAGAAGUUUCUUUUGAAGAAGGAUCAGUUUUAAAGAUUUUAGAUUCAGGAGCAUUUGGAUAUACAAAUAUUUCCUCAUUUCAAAUUCCAGAGAGUGUAAAUUAUGUUGAUGGAAAUUUAUUUUAUGAGAUGCCAUUUAUAAAUUUGUCUAUUCAUGAUUUAAAUACAAACCUAAUGAUUGAAAAUAACACUGUUUUUUCAAAAGAUAAAUCUAAGUUAUUUUUGUUUGGUGAAAAACAAUUUGAUACCUAUGAUAUUCCUUCUUCAAUAACAUCAUUAGAAGAUUCGUGUUUUCAUUAUUCGAAAUUAACUUCAAUGAUAGUUCCAAGUACAAUUAAAAGAGUUGGCAGUUUUGUAUUUAGUUCAUCAAAAAAUUUGAAGAAUGUAACAUUUUUAGGACCUUUAGAUUAUAUCGGGUAUAGUAUAGUGGACUCCUGCACAAAUCUUGAAUUUAUUUCUUUUUCAGAAAUAAGAAUGGUAAUAUCUAAACUCUUUAUCCCAAAGAAUUCUAAGUUUCGGAUAUAUUUCUCUUCCAAAACCCUUUUCGGAGUAAAAACUAUAAUGGAAAUUGUAAACAUUUCAAUAUCAGAUAUGAAUUAUGUUAUUGACACAAAUUCAUUGGUAAUGGACUUUGGCCAAACAAUAAUAUAUGAAUUUUGGGGAUCUCGCUAUAAUUAUUUUCAAAAUGGGAUAAAUAUUCCUCGAACAGUAACAACUAUUAAAGAAAAUACAUUUGUGAAUGCUGAUUUUUUAAAAAUCCGGUUUGAUUUAAACUCAGAAUUACAAGUCAUUGAGGAUAAUGCAUUCAUAAACUGCUCUUUAUUGCAAUUCAUAGUGUUUCCUUCUAAACUAAAUGUUAUUGGAGCUUCUUCCUUCAAGGAUUGCAUUAAACUAGAUAAUAUUACAUUCCUAUCAAAAACCACUACAGUUGUUAGUAAUGCUUUUGAAAACUGUAGUGGAUUAAAGAAUGUUUAUAAUAUGACAAACGUUCCAAAUUUUUGCUUUUUUGGAUGCACGAAAUUGUCUAAUAUUAAGUUUCAGAAUAGUGUUGAUACAAUUGGAAUAAAUUCAUUUAAUGGAUGCUCAUCAUUGACAUCGAUUAAUAUUCCAUCAUCUAUAAGAAUAAUAUCUGAAUAUGCAUUCCAUAACUGCAAUCAACUCAGUUCAAUUAACAUUCCUUCGACAUGUAAUUUAAAGACAUUUGCUCUCAACUCAAUUGAAGAAUGUGAGUCACUUCAAAAUAUCAGUGACUUUCAAAGUAGUAAAUAUGAAUGCGCAUUGAAUACCAUCUAUUUCAGUGAGGAUGAAAAUAAGAAACAAUUGAUCUAUCACUUAAGUAAGUCAAUUGAUGAGAAAAUUAUCAUUAAAUGCGAUAUUAUCUGCAAAAACUCAUUUGUUGACUGUAACAAUGUUGUCAACAUCAGUCUUUUGCCUAAUGGUGUUUCAAUGAUCGAAACUUCCUCAUUCUAUCGAUGCAUUAACUUGAAAUACAUCAAUUUUCCUUAUUCUGUUGAAACAGUUCAAUCUCUAUCUUUUGUUGAGUGCAACAAUCUUCGUUGUCCUGUAAUUGAAAACCAAACAUUUGAGUAUCUUGAAAUGAUAUUACAAUCUGGAAUCUCUAAAGACCUUCUUAGUUCAUGCCACAUAAUUGGAAUUACAAAUGAUUUUCAUGAUUCCUUCUCUUUUUUUGAUUGUGCAUAUAUUCUUACCUUAUUCAUAUUGACAAAGAUAUAA